GCAUAAUCGUAGAUUGCCAUUGAAUUUUUCCGCACACAAAAUUUCGUGAAAGUUAUUAAUAACUCGUUCUCAACAUCUACAAUUUUACUUGCCUUCAAGAUGUUUCGUCAAUUAACAUCGAAAUUUACUUACCCGUUGAUCAGAGCAUUUUCGACCUCAACUCGGUCAAAUAUGAAAGUUACCGUUCUUGGAGCUGCUGGCGGCAUUGGUCAACCACUCUCUCUGCUGCUUAAGCAAUGUCCACUGAUCAACGAGCUAGCUCUUUACGAUAUCGCAAACACUGCCGGUGUAACAGCGGAUAUUUCGCAUAUUAAUACGCCGGCUGUUGUGUAUGGUUUUGAUGGGAAAGAAAGAUUGAACGAGGCAUUACACAAUUCAGAUAUCGUAAUGAUUUCAGCUGGACUGCCACGAAAGCCUGGCAUGACGAGAGACGACUUGUUCACGUCUAAUGCAGGAAUUGUGCAGGAAAUGGGAACUGCAAUAGCAAACGUCUGCCCACAAGCAUUAGUUGGUCUAAUAACCAAUCCAGUCAACUCAUGCCUGCCCGUUUUAUGUGAAACGAUGAUGAAGGAACAGAAAUUUGACCCGAGACGUGUCAUCGGCGUAACAACGUUAGACGAAGUACGAGCAGCUACAUUCGUUGGAAUGGCAACUAAUAUUGAUCCGUCAACAUUACAUAUACCGGUUAUUUGCGGGCAUUCUGGCAUAACUAUCGUACCGUUGUUAUCGCAAUGCAAUCCGUCAGUUAACAUUCCCGAAAAAGUGGCCCAUCAAAUCACAGAAAGUAUACGUGAUGCUGGUACGCGAGUUGUCGAAGCCAAGGCUGGUAAGGGUUCAGCGACAAUAGCGAUGGCAUGGGCAGGAGCAAACUUUGCUCUAAAAUUGAUACAAGCACUACGUGGCGAAAGCAAUAUUGUUGCUUGCGGUUUCAUAUUGUCGGAUAUUUGCGACACAAAAUAUUUUUCAUUGCCAAUGAUGCUAGGACGAACGGGUGUUCGAGUUGCAUACGGUCUACCUAAAAUGAACAAGUACGAAGAAGAGUUGCUGCGAAUGGCAGUUCCGGAGUUAAAAGAGAAUGUUGAAAAAGGCAUUGAAUUUGCUCGAAAUGGCAAGGCGGCUGCCGAGAAGAGCCAAUCGUGAUUUCGGAAUGCAUUGCAUCUUCAAAUAAAAUAUUUCUUGACUAAUUUGGUUAUAAAUCACAGUUUUUAAUAAACGUUGGACACUGACUCUUAUGGAGAAGUGUCCUUUCAACCUUGUC